UCACAGUUGCACGCUUCAAGAACACUUUAAACUCAUAAGUUGAGAUAUUUAUGGUGAACUUGAUGCAUGAUUAAUAAUCUUUUGGUAGCGAGCAUUUAUUUAGAACUUCCAGGCUAGCCUGUGAAAAGGGCGCCAGCUUGAGGAUGAAGGCUGCUCAAUUCUUCUCGUAUUUCCUUGUCUUUCAAGCGUCCUUAUCGACUGCAAAUAAGCAAUCAACUUGUAAAAGAAGUAAGAAUCCACUCUAUAACUUUCAACUUAAAGAUUUAUUCAGAAAAACCGUGGAAUGGGACGAAUAUAGAGGGAAGGUUCUCUUGGUGAUAAACGUAGCGACAUACUGACGCUUCACACCGAGAGAUUAUCCACAACUGAAUGCAUUAAUGGAAAAAUACAGCGAACCUAAAGACGAUGGAUGUGGAUUCGCCAUUUUGGGAUUCCCCUGUAAUCAGUUCAACUUCCAUGAGCCAGGACGGAAUCCUCGAGAAAUUAUUAACGGAAUCAAGUAUGUUCGACCUGGGAAUGGGUUUGAACCUGCCUUUCGACUGUUUGAGAAGCAUGAUGUGAAUGGAGCCAAGGAAGACUCGAUUUACACGCAUUUAAAGAAAUAUUGUCCUCUUCCUGGCGGAGUCAUCAUGAAAGAUUUAAAACGUAUCACUUGGGAACCCGUGCGAAAUGACGACAUUUCUUGGAACUUCGAAAAGUUCUUGAUCGACGAGAAGGGUUUUGCCGUGAAGAGAUUUCUGCCCACGUUGACACCACUUGAGCUGACAGAAGACAUCAAAGAGAUGAUAGCAAAGUGUAGUGUGGAAAAGAGAAGAAGGGACGUUGGGUAUAUCGAGGAGGGAUACUAAGGCAAGGAGAACUAUGCUGAGCCAAGUAUAUUGUAAUGCGUAGCUAGGAUAGUUAAGAUGAUAAUUAGAGCAUUAUACAAGUAGAAAUUAUAAGAUUGUUUUAUUUUCUUCCUCUUAUCUCCUUUUCUUUCUUUCCCACAUUUUCAUUGUCAAUAUACUAGCUUGUUGG